UUGAAUAAGUGCCCAAUAGCUUUGGUUUCUGUUUCACAGUGAAGUCCUCCCCAGUGCAGACAACUGCCUGGCUGUGUGAGGAGCAGCCGUGACCACAGAGGUGGUGGAGAGAUGGCCCUCAGCAGUGUCCAGGCUCCCUUCGUGAACCCGAUCGUCCCCUUCUCUGGGACCAUCCAAGGGGGCCUCCAGGACGGACUGCAGAUCAGUGUCAAUGGGACGGCUCUUCGCGCCUGUGGAACCAGGUUUGCUGUGAACUUUCAGACCAGCUUCAGUGACAAGGACAUUGCCUUCCACUUCAACCCUCGGUUUGAAGAGCGUGGGUAUGUGGUCUGUAACACCAAAGAGAAAGGACGCUGGGGAGAUGAGGAGAGGAUGAUGCAUAUGCCCUUCCAGGUGGGCAUUCCCUUUGAGGUCUGCUUCCUGGUGCAGAGCUCUGGAUUUCAGGUGACGGUGAAUGGAAACUUCUUUACCAACUACAUACACCGCGUGCCCUUCCACCGUGUGGAUAACAUCUCUGUCACCGGCGCUGUGACGCUGACACACAUCAGCUUCCAGGUCAGAUUGUCCAAAUGGCACCUGUCCCAGGGGCUGGGUGCAGGAGCCAGUCUGCUAUGCCUAGGCCCUUUGGGUGGAGCCAAAGGUUCCUGCUAAUCUCUCAUCCAGAUG